AUGUCUUCAAUCAAGAAUAUCCUUUAUUUCCAAGCUGGACUAGGAGUCCUAGCCAAUAUGUUUCUACUGACUUUCUAUAUUUUCACAAUCCCAGGUCAUAGACCUAAGCCUGUGGACCUGAUCUCCUGUCAACUGACUUUUAUUCACAUAAUUAUGGUCCUCACUGGAUGGGAUAUUUGGCUUACAGACAUGUUUGAGUUACUGAACAUUGAGAAUGACUUCAAAUGUAAGGCAACUUUUUACAUAAACAGGGUGAUGAGAGGCCUCUCUAUCUCCAUCACCUGUCUCCUGAGUGUAUUCCAGGCUGUCACUAUCAGUCCCAGUGACUCACUAUUGGCAAAAUUUAAACAUAAACUGAAAAAAUACAUCAUAUAUGCUUUCUUCUAUGUUUGGUCUUUCAAUUUGUCCUUCAGCAGUAACCAGUUCUUCUCUGUUGGUGCUUAUGCCAAUCUGAGUGAGACCAGCCAGAUGAAGGUCACUAAUUACUGCUCACACUUUCCCAUAAACAUCGUUAUAAGGGGAUUGAUUUUAACAGUGACAACUUUAAGAGAUGUGUUUCUUGUAGGAGUGAUGCUAACCACAAGUGCAUACAUGAUUGUAUUUUUGUUCAGACAUCAGAGGCUAUGCCAGCAUCUUCAUAGCAUCAGGCACCUGAGAGCAUCCCCUGAGAAAAAGGCCACACAGAUUAUCUUGCUGCUGGUGGUUUUCUUUGUGGUCAUGUACUGGGUGGACUUCUUCAUCUCAUCUACCUCAGUCCUGUUGUGGAGGUAUGACCCAGUCAUCCUGACUGUUCAGAAGUUUGUGAUGAAUGUCUAUCCCACAAUAACUCCUUUGGUACAAAUCAGUUCUGAUGACAGAAUAAUCAAUGUGCUGGAAAACUUGUGGCCAUAA